CUUCCGUGUUGGAUGUGGUUCCUGUUACUACGCAUAAUUUUGAUCGUGGAGACUGCGUAAACUUGUGCUGUGAAUUAAUCACAUAAUGGGUAUAACAAAACAAAAAACGCAUCGGCCAGGUGCGCUUAAACAAGCUAAUAAGCAACACAAGACUGGAAGGCAUCGUAGCAAAGGUGUUAUUAAUAAUGAACAGAAAGGUAAGCAAAGUACUGCUAAGACAUUAUCGAAAUGUUUGAAGAAAACUCUAGGAAAGGAUGCACGUAGACAUCAGUUAUCGCAAAUUAGGAAAAAGAAAUGUGAUGAGAUAUUAAAGCAGAAGAGAAAUAAUGGAUCUAUUUCUGCACCUCAUCUUAUUUCUGUUAUACCAUUACAAAGCGACACAAAUAUCCAAGAUAUAAUAUCCAUCAUAAAAAGCAUGAAUGAAACUGCUAAUAUUGCUACUAGUGCAUGUGGAGUUUUACAUAUAGGCAUACCAAGAUUUAAACAGAGAUAUUCUAUUAUUGUACCACCAGUGGGUAAUGUUUUUGCUACUUUGGAUGCAGCCAAAGUAGCUAACACAAUACUUUUUGUAACCUCUGUCGCAAAUGAUACAAAUGAUACAAAAAAAGAAGCUAUAGAUGAUUGGGGCAAGGAAAUUAUUGUAUCCUGCCUUACUCAAGGUUUAUCUGCUGCAAUUUUUGCUGUGCAUAAUAUGCAGAAACUUCAUAUUAAAAAACAUCAAGAAUAUAAACAAUCUUUGCAAAGUAUUGUCUCAAAAUGGAUUCCUGUAGAAAAGGUGUUUGAGCUUGAUACUGAAGCUGAUUGCUUAAAUAUAUUAUGUCGUGCUGGAUCACAGAAACAAAGAAAUAUAUUUUACAGAAAUAAAAGACCACAUCUUUUGGCUGAAAAAUUUUCCUUCAAAUGUGAUGAAGAUUCUUCUGAUUUUGGGACUCUCUCAGUUACUGGUUAUUUACGCGGUUCACUAUUGUCAGUUAAUGAUUUGGUUCAUAUACCAGGCUUUGGAGACUUUCAAAUGUCGUGCAUUGAAGGACCAAGAGAUCCAUAUCCAAUUGAGCAUCCCAAAUGUAAAAACCAUUUUGAAACUGAGUCUGAAAUGGAGGACCCAGUGUCUCCGUAUAUCCUGCAAAUAGCAGAUCCUAAACAUCAGGAAUCUCUUGAAAGUGAAAAUAUUCCUGACCCAAUGGAUGCUGAACAAACGUGGCCUACGGAAAAAGAAUUGGCUGAAGCGGCAGCUAGAACAAAGAAAAAAAUUGUAAAAAUUGUACCAAAAGGUACCUCUGAAUACCAAGCUGCCUGGAUACCGGAUGAGGAUGCAGAGGCUCUGAGUAUUGAUUCAGACAACGAGUCUGAGGAUAACAUGUCUGUGGAAGAAGCAAGGUCUGUAAAUACAGACAGUGAUAAAAAUAUAGAAGAUGAUGAAGAAUAUGAAACUAUUACGAUAUCGGAAGCACCUUUGGACGAAGAACGAUACGAUAAAAAUCUCGAUAUGCUUGAAGAAAAGCAAACUCUGGAGAUAUUGAAAGAAGCAAAACUGGACGCGCAAUUUCCCGAUGAAGUGGAUACGCCUCAAAAUAUGUUAGCUAAAACGAGAUUUCAAAAGUAUCGUGGUCUCAAAUCGUUACGUAAUAGUUUUUGGGAUCCAAAAGAGAAUCUUCCCACUGAUUAUUCUCGGAUAUUUCAAUUAAAAAAUUUCGAUCACACACGGAGACGUAUUUACAAACAGUGUGAUAAUCUCAUUGAAGGGAUUCAGCCGGGCAGAUACAUAACAAUUAAGAUUCUUCGCGUUAGCAGUAAUAUCUUUAAAACAUUUGCUAUGGUGGAGAAUCAACCAUUAAUAGUGUUCGGUUUACUUCCAUAUGAAAAUAAAAUAUCUCUUUUGAAUAUAAUGUUGAAACAUUCACACAAUUACACGCAGCCGAUUAAGUCAAAGGAUAGAUUGGUUUUUCAAUGCGGUUUUAGAAGAUUUGCGGCGUGUCCGAUAUUUAGCCAACAUACGGCCAGCAAUAAGCAUAAGUACGAAAGAUACUUCCACCCUGAAAGUACUGUUGUGGCGAGUAUGUACGCACCGAUUACAUUCCCGCCAUGUCCAACUCUUUGUUACAUUGAAAAUAAAAGCGGCAAGCUCGAGUUGGCUGCAACCGGAAAUGUACUAUCUUGUAAUCCCGACAGAAUUGUCGUGAAACGAGUUAUUCUAAGUGGUCAUCCCUAUAAAGUAAAUAAGAGAUCGGUAGUUGUGCGCUUCAUGUUUUUUCACCGCGAGGAUAUCGAGUGGUUCAAGCCUGUCGAAUUGAGGACGAAAUAUGGACGUAAGGGCCAUAUAAAGGAAUCUCUUGGUACACAUGGACAUAUGAAGUGCGUGUUCAAUGGCCGACUAAAAUCACAAGAUACAAUUUUAAUGAAUUUGUACAAGCGAAUAUUUCCAAAGUGGACUUAUGAACCAUUGUUAUUGACACAACUAUCAUAUAAUUCGGAAAUUAUGUACGUAGAAUAAUUAUUAUGAUUAAAAUAAAAUAUUUGAAGUAAAUAAUCUUCACUCUGCAGAAAGCAUUUUGUACAACAUAAUCUACUAUGUGAACGUUGUAAUAAAGUAUUGACGCACGAAAGAGGAGAAUUGCAAAUUUCAA